UGUCUAAUCUUUCUUGACCAACCCUGUCUUUGGUAUAUGCCACAGCUGAAAACUAGUAGAAAUUAAUUUCAAAAACACACAUGCAGGGAGAGAGACCCACAUAGAUUCGAGAAGGAAAAAAACAACUGAGAGACAGGCAUGGGGUUUUUCUCUUUUCUCGGCAGAGUUCUCUUCGCUUCCCUCUUCAUCCUCUCAGCUUGGCAAAUGUUCAACGAAUUUGGCGAAGAUGGUGGCCCUGCUGUGCCGGAAUUGAUUUCCAAGCUUGCUAUUGUCAAGAAGCAUAUUUCCUCUCAAUUGGGGGUAGUGGUCUCGGACAUUGAUCCUAGACAUUUGGUAGCGGGCAUGAUUGUUCUAAAGGGUCUUGGAGGCUUUUUAUUUGUAUUUGGCAGCCCUUUUGGUGCUUAUCUCCUGCUUACCUACUUGGCGCUUUCCUCCCCAAUUCUGUACAACUUCUAUGACUACGAUCGGGAUGAGUCCAAGUACUUUGUUCUGUUAAAUGAAUUUUUGCAGAGCGUUGCACUUUUUGGUGCAUUGCUUUUCUUCAUAGGGAUGAAGAACUUGAUUCCAAAUAGACAGCUCAAGAAGAAGACUCCCAAGGCAAAAGUGGGCUAGGCAUAACGAAGAAGCAAACUUUAAAGAUUGGAUGAUUGUUGUAGGUGCUGAAAAUUUUCAGGGUGUCGAGUGGCUGCACAUAUCAUAUAUCUAUGGAUGUUUCCGAAGCUCUAUCUAUAUGAUACCCAAAUUUGUUAGUUCUUUUGUUGUUUGGCUCGAUAUACUUUCCAUUUUAUCUAAUGAAAUUUAUUUAUCAUCUGUUAAGCUAGAA